AAAGCUUUCAAUUUAGUGAUUUGUUUGUUUACAGGUUGUAAGUUUUUCAAAACUAUAUAUAGAUACGAUAUUGUAGUUUCAUCCAUCAAAUUAAAGAAUUGCAAUUCUCAUUCUCGUACUCACAUUUCUAGCUCUUUCUUCGUAGCCUUCCUUGGUUUACUGCGAAAAAUAUAAACAAACAUCUUUCGGUCAUUCCUGUCUGUCUUUAUACUUUCAUCCAACAUGAUGAUAUUGUCGAAACUCAGCUUCUUUGCUCUAGUUGCCUAUUCUAUGGCUAUACAAAUUACUUCUCCCACUACAUUUGAAAAAUGGGAGACUGGCGAGGAUCAUAGAAUUAGUUGGAACUUUGUCGAUACAGAUAAAGAGAUUGUGGGAAUAUACCUUAGCAACUAUUUCAGGUAUCCUACCUUUUCCAAAUACAUUGCAACGGUUCCUGUUUCAGAUGGCUGCUAUACCGCUGAUACUACGGAUUGGCCUACCGGUGGAGGUUAUCGCAUCAACAUAGGCAAUCCUGAGCGUGACGAGGAGAUAUAUGCUCAAUCAGAGGAAUUCAUUCUUACACAACCAAACGCUUAAAGCAACACAUUGUGUGUUUCAUUAUCUUCUUUCUUGGCAGGAACCGGAUCACCCAUCACCUUGAACGUUCACUGACUCUAGUCUAUUUGACUCAACUUCUGUCUAAAUACUUAACUCUAUUAGUUGAACGGAUAUUUAUUACAAUAAAUAUUGAUUCGAAUAAAUUGGCAAAAUCAUUCAUAUCAAUCGUCUCGUUUCAUCUUAACGAAUCGCUCAGCAACCAUAAGUGUAGGACUCUUGAUUUGUAAAGUUUCAAGAACUUACACUUUGAGACUUUCCAGUUGUCUAAGUAUACUACUACGUAGAAUAGUUUCAAUAAUGAAAUAAGAAGUAUUAUUAAUAUUCAUCCA